AUGUGCCCCUUGCUGCAGGGUUCGCGAAUCAAGGCAGUGGAUGAGGAUCUGGAUGCAGCAAGACGACAGCGAAAUGUGGCCCUCAGAGGGCUGGAAAGGGCAGAAGCCCUGGCCGCAUACCUGCAGAAGCAGCUGCUGGAAUUGGAAGACAGCAGCAGCGAGAAGGCCAAGCAGGCCAAGAAGGAGCUCAAGGAAGCCGAAACGAAACUAGAGAAGGCCAAGAAAGAGCUCACGGAGGCCGAGCAGAAGUACGAGGCCAAAGCAAGCGUCCAGGCAGGACGAGUGCAGGCCAGGGCUUCUGCGUGUGCAGUUGUUGCUGUUGCCUUUGGUUUGCAGCCUCCCGCAUGGUCGUCGUGCGUUUUUCGUGCUGUCCACCGUUUUUGCUUCUUUGGGGUCAUGCUCUCCUCUCAGCAAGGAUUCCGCUCGUCGUUAAGCUUCACUAUGUUGGCUUGCAGCCCGUCGGGGAGCGGGAGGGGCUCUUGA